AUGUACCAUGAGCAUCGGGAUUAUGAUGUUGUAGAAGAUGCAUGUUUACAAAAUGAUAAUCUAUUUGGUGAGCAGCCUGGCCAAGGCGAAGGAGAAGUUGACGAUUCUCCGUUCGGCAAGAAAGGACUCUUCAGCAGCUCCGGUGGUGGUCUCUUUGAUGAUGACAAGGAGGAGGAUGGAGGACUGUUUGAUGAUAAACCAUCUGCAGCUGGCAGGAGGGAUGUAACGUCAGACCACGUCUAUGAGGACAUUGUCACCAACCCUGAAGAGGUCAAGCCUGGCAGGAAAGCACCUCCAGGGGGCGUACCUCUGUUUGGUGCCGGCGGAGCCACUGAGGAUGAGCUCUUUGGCGGGUCACCUAAACUGAGUCAAGAAGGGCAAAGAAGUCUAGUGCGUAACCGUGGCAACUGCAAACGAGAUACCCAGAAAACCCUCCUGCUGCGCGCAUGCUCUGCGGCUAUGACCCGUAGAGGCAGUGCGCCAGAGGAUGCUAUUGCUCAAGAUAUAGGCCAAAAGGAAGCUUCCAAACCAAACGAUUCAUCUUCCGGGGGUUUGUUUGGUAGCCAGGGAGACGACAGACUCUUUGAAUCUUCUAAACCAGCUCCUAAGAAAGAAGCCGGCAAGCCCAAGACCAAGAAGCAGGUGGAUCUGUUUGGUGGGGAGGAUGCCAGUGAUCUGUUCGGGGGUGAGAACAAACCUAAGCAACCACCUAAGAAAAAGAUUCCUGCGGGUGCUGUGAAUGUUUUCGGUAACGCGGGGCCUGUCGGAGGUCAGACGGAACCGCCUCCCCUUGACGACGGUGGGGAUGAAGGAAUGUAUGUCAAUACUAUGGUGGGAGCAGCAGGAGCAGGGAGGAGCAAGCAGGCAGGGCUAGGAGGAGGAGGCUUGUUUGAUAAUGUGGAUGAGGAUCUCUUUGGUGCACCGCCUCCAAGACCCGCAGAUAAACCCACCGCCAAGAACGACAGUGACAAGCUGUUUGCGGACGAUGACGACGACAAUGACUUGUUUGCGGCGCCACCUCCAUUACCGAAAGACGAGUCCAAGAAAAAACCUAAAAAGGCUGCUGCAAAGAAGAAUCAAGGCUUGUUUGAUGAUAUCGAAGGAGAAGGAGAAGAAGAUUUCUUUACAGCUUCAUCCAAGCCAAAAGAACAACCUAAGAAGAAGCCACCUGGUGGCGUAGCCCUCUUUGAAGGGGCAGAUAUAUUUGGUAGCCCCCCUAAGAUAGAGGUAGAGCCACCACAACAACAGAAACCGGACCAGUUGUCUCCUCAAGCCAAGGCCAACAGGACCCAGAACACCCUCAGUCUCUUCCAUGACGACGAUGACAAGGAUGAGGAUCUGUUUGCCACGCCCCCGGCCUUGCCCCCUAAGAAGGAACAGCUGGACCCCAAUCCAAGCAAAGAGGAACAAAUGGCAAGAAGGCGAACCAAGAGUAAGAGCAUCUUUGACGAUGAGGCUAUCCUCUUUGGUCUCAAGAACGAGGAGAACCCCGGGGUAGAUCUCUUCGGCUCCAACACUCCGGUCCCGCAGACAAAGGCUGGAUUCCUUUCAAAUUGUGUAGAGGUCAUAAUGCCGGUCAAGUCGUCUUUCCCUGACUUGAGUCCCAUACCUACUAAAGCUAUCCUCGGGAAGCAUCCUCCGCAGACUAAAGUGAAACCCAGCAAUCCUAUCGCGAUCCAGAAAAAUAACGAGGUCCGCAGUCAACCGCGUCGUUACCGGCCCAACUCCCCUGUCUUUGACGAAGGUCUCGUCUCUGCAAACAAUAUGGGCAGAAGUCCUCAGAAGGCUCUGAAACCACCCCAACAGAAUCAUCAAAGAAACUACCGCAAUAACACACAUCAAGAAUCUCCCCCUACACUUCCAAAGUUCCCCAGUCCACCAAGGGAACCACCUCCAACCUUCACACGGUUCCCCAGUCCACCCCAAGAGCCCCCUCCAACCACAUACCCUAAGUAUCACCAGAAUUCCCAUGAACCACCACCCACCCUACCAAAGUUUCCAAGUCCUCCAAAUGACCCACCCCCGCCUCCUAAGAUAUUCAACAACAUCCCUCCUCCAACGUUACCCAAGUUUCCAAGUCCACCCAAUGUCCCUCCUCCUGAUUUCCAACCUAAAACUCACAAAGCAAAGGGACCACCGACACUUCCAAGAAACACCCAUUCAAAUAAUGACCUUCCUCCUCCUCCCCCUCCUGUCAAUAGACUACCCAGUCCGGCAGAAUUCCCAAGGCCACCUUCCUUCCUAGAUAAUCCCAACCAUGAAGACUUCCCGCCACCUCCUCUGGAUGUUCUAUCAAAGAAAUUCAAACCUGAAGAACAUCCUGCAGUGGACAACUCCCAACGAUUCCCCAGCCCUCCUGCCAAAGGCCACAACGGAUACCCAUCCAACAUGAACAACAACAUUCCUUCAUCCAGUCCAAAGCUGCUAAGGCGGUUGCGAUCUCACAGUACUGAGGAUGGAUCCAGUGUUCCCAACAGUGUUUUACAAUCCCGGUUUUCACCUAUCAGGAAGACCAACUCCAACGGUGCAGAGUGGACAGUAAACCAUGCGAGUGAGAACAAGACAACUGCCAAGAUUAACGGAAUGAACAAUAAACUCGCGGUGCGCGAAGACAAGCCUAUGAAGAGGGUGCCUGCGAGACCCCCACCACUCAAAUUUCUCACUUCCAAAGUUUCGUCCUCUCCGCCGAAUUCCAAGAGCCGACCUGUCAUAUCGGAACCCCUGAGCCCCAAGGGUCUUCACUCAGGGGCUCUGAAGCCGAGUGGUCAGUCUGCCUUUGUCCUGCAUGGGGACAGGAGACAUGUAUCACCUGGUGCAUCUCCUGUAGGAAGCCCCUUGUCUGACCAGUCCCUAGACUUUGAGAAAGACGAUUUACCCAUCUUCAGUGCACAGGUCCUCAAGAAUGGCUUCAGGAAGCAAAUGUCUCCAAGAGCAUUGGGCAAGUCGCACGAUGCCUUGCACACGAACAGGCAGAGUCCCAGGAGGGAAUCACCUGCUGGGUCAGUUGGUAGUCCAUCCCACAACCUUCGGGAUGGCCAUUAUCGAUGGGAUGCCGAUUUACCACCACCCCCUCCACCUCCAUCAUAUAGAAUCAAUGUUCUUCCAAACGGGCCCAAAGUCAACGGAAAUCAUAGAGCGGGCAAUGACAGUGAUACUGAGGUAAAUUUUGCAAGAGAUAUUGAGGCUGAAGUUGAUGGGUACGAUGAUAACAUGGUCAUUGAUGACAUCAGAGAUCAUCGCCAUAGACAUGCACCCAAAGUAACACAUGAAAAUAACACCCAUGUUAAUGGAAACCACGACAGUGGCACCAAGCAAGCUCUUCCACAUCCCCCUUCGAUAUCACCCAUGUUUGCACGGAAAUCUAAAGCUGGCAAGAAACAACCCCCUCCACCUGCACAAAAACCAGCAAAGGCUCCGGUACCACCCCCUGUCUUUGCCAAGCCCCCUAAGGGACCCCAUUGCCCUGGUAGAAGUACCCCUUCACGGGAUCAGAAUGGUCACAUGGCUUCCAGAUUCUCAUCAUCUCCUCCAUCCUAUCCAAAAUCUUCCAACACUACCAACUCUAACAAUGUUAUGAUCAAUGCACACAUGUCUAUCAUCUCCAAUUCCUCAACAUGCUCCCAGUUUUCAAUGAACUCCCUUAACCUGUCCAACAUCUCUGCCAACUCUCACGAUUCCUUCACAACUGUUAGUUCAACCAACACUUACAAUGCGCACAAUAUUUCCAUGAGCUCCUCUAACUCGUCCAAUUCAAACUCAACAGCACCUUCACAGAAAAUAGCACCCUUUGAGAAAAGCACUGAGAAUGGUCACUCUAAAACAGGAAAGAACGCUUCCAAUCAAAAUGACCACUGUCCACCAAAUGAAUUGUGCAAAAUGUCCCUCAUGCAAAAAAUUGCACUUUUUAGUAGCCACAAGAAAGAUCGUUCCUCUCCCCCACCAUCCCCUAAAAUCUCUAGAAAUAGUAGUCCAAUACCACCACAUCACAAAGCUCCAAAGAAUCCCGACACAAAAUCCAUUGUCAGCCUGUCAAAUCUUGAGGUUGAGAACAACCAGAAACAACCAGUUAGUCCCAAAUGGAAUCGCACAGCAGACAUGCCCAGCCCUUCCAAAAAGACUUCCCCCGCAGACCACCACUACCAUGAACCCCCGCCCAUUCAGCGCCCCUCCAGUCCCAGGGGGAGCAGCGAUGUGGAAUGGAAGAGACCCCCGGUUGCCGCUGUCUCGGAGCAGUUUGAGGCAUGCAUCCGCCGGACUCCGUCCUAUUCCUUCUCUUGCAAGAGGACUGUCAGUCGGACACCAUCAUCCUCCUCUACAGAGAGAAGCGACAAUGACACGCCCUUCUCCGGAGGGUUCACCUUCCCUAGACCAAGUAAGAUCAAGAAGCAGAAGGGGAGGGUACCAUUACCCCAUGAAAACACCAACACCAACACCAACACCAACUCCAACUCCAAUUCAUCCCCUCAUUCCCCGGGCUUCAGGGGGUUGACGUCCAAGCGUAGCAUCAAAGAACCCCCUCCCAAGCCUCUUCCGAAACCUAACAAGAAUCCCCAGAAAGCACCAGCCAGGCUCCCGGGCGCCCCGCCCUCAUCAUCAUCAUGUCCAUCCUCCUCCUCACCAUCCUCAUCAUCAUCGACAUCGUACACCCCGUCAGGCAUGGCGUCAUCCUCUGUAGGAUCGGUUUGGCGGAAGGCUGAGCUAUUCAAGGCUAAUUUGAACAUCGAUCCAACGGCGCUCAGGCCUGGUGCUGCCCCGCCAGAGAGGGUGGUAGAGUCAACAGGAGUGGGUUUCGACCAGCCUGCCGUCGCCAAGACGCUGGAUAUUAAUCCGACAAAGACGAGAGCGAGAGUAUCAGCCAAGCGAAGACCUCCCUCGAGGAGAAGCCUGCAAGCAGCCGCUGCAUCCGCUUCCAACCCGGCCCUCUGGGGUGACGACUCCAAACAACCUGACGAUGGUUUCCGAACAUUCACCCAGAACUUGGCCAGCGACGAGCCUGACCAUGGUGCGUCUGCUUCAGCUGCUGCUGCUCCGGCUCCUCCCCCUGCGAAGAAACCUGCCUCAAGGACGCUUGAAGAUCACAUGGACGGACCACAACCUCCUCCAUCAGCAGGGGCCAAACCAAAGAAACCAACACCAUCAAACGACCUCUUUAAUGAUGAUCUCUUCUCAAGUGCCACCAACGGCUCCAGCAAGGACCCUUCUCAAAAGACUGUCAGCAAGACAAAAGAGGAGCGACCGUUCUCGAUAGAAGGUGAUAGUGACUUAUUCGCCGCCGCCACCAAGAAACAACCAAGCAGGACUCAUGAUACUGGUGACAGUUUAUUCACCAAACCGCCACAAGUCAAUCUUGAUGCUUCCCUGGACGAUAUCUUCGCCACACCUCCCGUUCUUGGACACAGCAGCAAGCAGAGCUCAAUGGAAGUCGAUCCUGUGUAUGAGGAUAUCUUUGCCUCAGGGACAAACACUAAAAGUAAGAGGUCGACUUUGACUGACCUUGCAAUCGAUGAAGAUUUAUUUGGAGACAUUGGGAAGACAAAGCCAAAAGAUACAAGCUCUGUGUCCAUCGACGCCGAUCUUUUUGGUGGGCCCCCACCCGUCUCUACCACGCCCACCACCACCACCACUACCACAAAACCAAAGAAGAAGAAGGCAGUGAAGAAGGCACAGGUCUUGGAGGAUGAUGAUGACUUGUUUGCAGCGAAGCCCAAGAAGACGAAAGCCAAAGCUGCAAAAGCCACCGACGCGGAUCUCUUUGGCAGUUCUGACAUCUUUGCUGACCUCCCUCCCGCCAAGCCCAAGGAGAAGAAGAAGAAGACGACGACGGCUCCGGCCCAAGAAGCCAUCUUCAAGGAUGUCGGAGGAGAUGACAUCUUUGCCGACCCCUCGCCUUCCAGUAAGCCCAAAAAGACGAAAGCCAAGAAGAAGACAACAAAGGAGGCCUCAGAUUCCAUAUUCGAUACCGAUGCUCCAAAUAUAUUUGACGAUCCACUGAAUGCGAUCAAUACUUAAAGACCCACAGCCUUGCAUUCAUAUAUUAUAUCAUCGGUAACACUCUUCAUCUAUUCUGCUUGUAUGCAACUCAUUCCAUAUGUACGUGUGUGCUUUUAAUUACGCUUCAACUGUGCAUACAAUGUGCUGUGAUUGCCAGGAUCCCGAUAUUAGGAAUUGAUUUGACGAGCUGUGCACAGAGACAAAAAAAA